GAUCCCAAGCCACAGUGGGUGGACUAAGCCGAAUACCGAAAUACCGAAAUACCGAUCACACCUAUAGUGUUGGCACACUGACUUCCCGACUUCCCCAAGAACCGAAGCUGAGAGGCGAUUCUGAUUAAGGGCAGAGAUGGGUGGAGGAAUGGAGGCCAAUAAAAAUCGUUUUGUGGAGGAUUGGGCUACUGCUAGGGAGAAUCUUGAGUACAACUUCCGCUGGACCCGCCGCAAUCUUGCCCUCGUCGGUAUAUUCGGCGUCGCCGUCCCCGUCCUCGUCUACAAAGGCAUCAUCAAAGAAUUUCAUAUGCAAGACGAGGAUGCAGGAAGACCGUAUAGGAAAUUCUGGUUGUCGAAAUGAAAGUAAGGAAUCUUCAAUUUAUUUGUCCAAUAAAUGUGGCUCAACUUGAAGACGUGUACUCUUCAGACCCAUUCGGUAUCAUUUUCCAAAAUUCUAAUCGUUUUUAACAUCAUGGGGCUUCUUCUUAUCGACUUCUUUGGGUGACCUUGUAUUAGAUAAAUAAACUGACUGUUGUUUUCAAAGUAUCUGAUUUGUCCUUUUGUCAUUUUUACAUUAUCUCUUAUAUGAAGAUAGCAAGCAGUACAUGAUUAAACUUCUGCUUGCAGUUUCAUGGCCUGCGAUGUGUGUAAUAACAUGAUUUUCAAUGUCCCUUCACAACCACACGACAUUGAUGUGUAUUUCUUUCUGGGAACAUUUCAUUUUGUUAUGCUAUUGCCAUGAUGUGAAUUUUGAGAAUAUCAUAGUAUCCUCUGUUUAUA